AUGCAGGUUUCCGCCUUUGUGCGCUAUGGCCUUGAUGGUACUUUCGUCGAUGACCCGCAUCAUGAGUCAGGGGUGGGUUUUCGGCGAAGCAUCAUCGAUGUAAACGAGUUUCAGAUUGCGAAGGCGCUUCUUGCGGAACACACAGAGCUCCUGAGCCAAGAGGUUGAUUCACGGCAUUUGUUCACCAUGUGCAUGCAGUUUGGUCACGAGGAGACUGCCGCAGAGAUGUUACGCCAAGGGGUGCCUGGUUGCAAGGUGGAGGCCUUUCAUCUUGGACCAUAUGCUCUGCAACCCAAGUUCAUCGGUGAACCUCUAGCUGUUAGCCUCCGAGAGGGUUGCGCAUGCAGAUUGCGGUGGACGACAUGCAGGAGCUGUAGUUGGGGAUUUGAUCCAGGCAGCGGUGUGUGGAUGCAGGAUUGGUAUGCAACGGUUGAAGAUGCCCAGUGGUUUGCACAAGAAGCUGCUGCACGACCACUCUUUCGCACCAUUGCGGAGGCCUUGAGAAGCGGCCACGGCAUACCGGACUCCCUGACAGACUCAGCCAAGGCUCGCGUGCUGGAUAUCGCGGUUCUGGUUGGUGAUGUCAAUCUAGUGCACCGUGCCAAGCUUAUCCAAAGGAGGCCUCUGCGAAGAUGGCGAUGGCAGGACUUCAUCUACAUGUCAAAGGAUCUCUUGGUAGGGUGGGUUCAAGAUGGACUUGAUGUGAGAGAACCUGAUAUCUUAGAAGCCGCACUCAUUGCUGGCAAUUCUUUCGAAGGCCUUGAAGGUGGAGAAGCUUACUACCGCACUCCCCUGCGCGAAGCUGUUGCGUUGUCCGGACAUCCGGGGCCCGGGCUAGAGUUUUGGAACGCGGUAAGGGAUCUCUUGAUGCCAAGUUCUGGCCAGCAAAGUCUGGGCCGCUACAACAACUUGAUAUCUUUUCUGCCCAGGAUUUGUGAUGCCCACUCCGCCUACGAGCAAGUCGUGGCUGCAAAGGAAGCAGGUCUCCACGUGGAUCAGUUUGGGAAGUGCAUCGUGUUCCUCGACUGCCCUUCAUGCCAAGAUGCAGGCAGUGCCGUCCACUUGACGCUGCUGGACUGGUCGAUAUACCGUGGACUAGCAGCAUGUGCAGAGCUGUGCGCAGGCAUGGACAUUGGGCCUUCAUGGUGGACGGCUUGGCUGUCGACCCAGGACGUGGCAUUGCCAUGCCUGAAAUGUGGUGCAAGGCUUGAGGUCGUGUUUACUGGAGAUGACCCGGCUCCGCGCGAGCAACGCCAAGCAGCCGCCAUUGCAUCUGUCAGGGCGGCCCUGGAGACGUCCCGGCAGCAGGCGUCGGUUGAAAUGGGUGUAGGGCUCUUCCAGAGCCUACGCGCUUGGGGGCGUGAGACUGCUGUUUCCCGUGGCCUGCUCGUCAGAUUAACUGCCCAGGUGCUCGCAUUUGCUGCCAAGAGGCCUGCGAUCUUUGAAGACGAGACUCUUGGGUCAAUGCUGGCACGGUAG